UUAAAUUAACGUAUAUAUUUUCUUUAUCUUAGCUACCGUUUUCCAUGGAAACCAUUCAAGUAUCAAAAAUAAUUCGUAGUAUUCUGUUUUUUCGGUUUUCAUCUAACUACAAAAUGCCGUGAAUAUAUGAAUAUAUAGCCCCAUUUUUGUAAAUAGUAACUGUUUGUUUUUGAUUACCUUGAAGGGUGACCAGGCAGUUUUCUUGCGGUUUGUAAAUAGCAAUCUAGUAGAAUCUGGCUGGAAUACGCCGUGUUGCCAGAUCAGCUGGCACAGGAGCAACAUUGCACAGCUUGUCCUGAACAAACUACAGGGAGCCUGCAGUGACCGAAAAAUCACAAGAACUAAAGUGACUCAUCCUCGGGAAGUUCAUGUUGCAGAGGGGAGAUGCUGCUGAUGUUGGUGUCCCUGCUUUGCUGUGUCCCUGCAGUCAAGGUCUGUCUGCAGUGUGACCGCAGGGUCAGGCUCCUACAUGAAGACUUAGUCCUGUCUGCUCCCACUGUGGUCGACCAGAUUGAAGUGAAAAAGAUUUGUGACCACGCUUAUGAGACCUACAAAGAGACCAGCCGGGAACGAAAGGGCAUCAUUGAUCCCACCACUCUGUACAGAGCCAGAACUGAGUACCAGAGUGAGUUUAAUCGAUUUCUGAAAACCCCGCACACUGGAUCUGUAACACAUGAAGCCAUUCAGAUCAUGGAGAAGGGCAGGAGGAUAUUGGAGAAACACUUGGAUGCCUUCAUCCAUGAUGGAUUGUGCCCCAACAAGUGUGGGCUUCUGAAUCGAAGAGUAAUGGAUUGCUUCUCUUGCCGCUACAAGACAUACGUCUGUCACUCACCCUCUGGCCAGCAGGACUGCGGUGUGUACCCGGUGCAAGCUGAGGAGGGAGGCCAGGCAGUGUUGAACUGUUUUCUUCCAUGGCAUCGUCUUCUGUUGGGAAAACCAGAAUACCACUACUCCUGGGCCCCUGGAGUCCCAGGAUCUAAAAAGCUGGAUGAGAGUGAUUUCAAAGCCGUGGUAGUGACAGACGACUCAUCUGUGGUCUUAAAUCAGCUGCAUGUGGAUGAACAAGGAACAUAUCGCUGCUCUCUGCGGCGCCAAGAUGGAACCGUCUUCUACCGAGUGACCUUCCUGCUCACUGUCUCCCCUUUGCCUGACCAAACUCACCGACCCCUCGUCACUCUGCCCUCUCUGCCUCAUGGAGACAAGUACUCACCUUUCCAAACUCCUGAGGCCCUGCUGGUGCCAGUCAUCGCCAUGGUUACUGCUCUGAGUCUGGCGGCGAGCGUAGGCCUCACAGUUGUCCUGAGAGUGAUGAUGAAUCAGCGGCGAGCAGCGGAAGAGAUGAGAAGGAGGAGGACGGAAGAAGUGCGAUGAAGAUACUGUAAACAGUAAACACACACUUUAAUGGCAGGGAUGUUUUACUCACUUCAGGUUGUGUAUUUUGUCCUGUCGUUUAAUAAAUUUCCCAGCACGAAAAUGUCGUGUCGUGUCUACAAAUGAAGUGGAAGUGAGAAUACAUGUGGCUUAAUGAGGCUGGGGUUUCUGUAAGCAUAUGGUUUAUCUAAAAAAAACGUGUACAUCAUGACUCAGUCAUAAAACAGAAAGUUGGAGCUGUAAUUUACCCAAAGUACACAAUACUCACAACCAGACCAAAAAUCCCCCAGAUACCCCUCAACUUCCCGUAACAUUAAGCACCAGCUCGCCAUAAAACAGCAAUGAUCUGACCCCAGUAGGGACACGUUCGCCCUGAAUGGGGAGAUGGCGUUGUCACGUGGGCAUUUAUGAGAGGAAUCUGGGAUGAGGUAAAUCUCCCGGAUUACAGUGUUUUUCUGAGAUUAAUAGCCCCAGCCAUCCAAUUAAUCCAGGAUAAUCCCCCUGUGGGAGGAGGGGGUUGACGUGGAGGGGUAAAAGCUAGCGGCAGAUGUUUUCAUCAGGGCUUCUUUUUAAUGUUUAUUUACUCAUACAUUCAUUCAGAGAGGCUGAGUAAGGGCAAGUUUGGUUUUUUUUGCAUUACUGGUAAUGUUCUUAUGAUUGUGAAGUCACUGUGUUCUUACCACACCAUCACCAGACAAAUCAUUUCUUUCCCUCUGUCUGUGCUCUCUUUACAUUUUGAUGACAUAAGCCGCUUCUGUUUCAAAAAUAGCCACCUCUAUUUAAACAAGUUCUGGCAUGAUCUCCUCGUCAUCAAGUCUACAAGUCUGUCGCUCACUCUGCAUGUUUCUGCUCACUGAAAUUCAAAUUCAUUUGACUCAAGCCAAGUUUUAUUUAUUUUAUUUGUAUAGUGCCAAAUCAUAACAGAAGGAUCUAAGGUACUUUUCAUAUCGAAGAGAUCUAAACCACAUUCUGUACAAUGAAACCAAAUGAAAAUGAAAGCGAGUGAUUUGUUGUGUAUGAGUCACCA